ACCUGGCCUCGAUACCACAACCAAUUAGCAGCCAUAUACGUGGAUCAGCUAAAGGCCCUGUGGCCCGAAUUCAGGACAUCUGGGCUCAAAACAGACCACGAAGCAAGUGCGGUUAGGCAUAGUCUGUGUGAGUUUUUGGAGUUCUCUGAGUUAUACAAUGCGGAGACGCUGUUGGCCGACCCAAUAUUUAAAGAGCUGCUGGACGAACGGGCGAUACUCCUGGGGAGAGUAGGCAGGCAUGAGGAUGUGCUGAAAAUAUAUGCGUACAGGUUGAAGGAUACCGAAAAGGCCGUGGCAUACUGCACAAAACUUUACAAAAAUGGUGGAACACAAGCCUACCUCUCUCUGCUGAAGAUCCUCGUGUCUCCAAACGACACAGACACCAGCGACAACGAACCCGACGAAGACACUGGGGAGAGUGAACACACCCAGGCACUAGACCUACACCUACACCCAGGCCUAGACGUAGACCAUGGCGAUGUGCCUGUAGCCGAGGGAGUGAGUGGCGACGUAUUCCGCCAGAGAGUGCCUAUGAUCGAGCCUGCGCUCAAGCUGCUCACAGAACACGGAGAUAAGAUCGACACCAUUGAGGCGCUGAACGCUCUCCCACGCGACUGUCAGUUGUCGUCGGUGUAUCCGUUUCUCAACACCAUGAUGCAGUCCACAGCCAAACGGUGGCGCAUGAAUCUGUUGAUCAAAAACCUAGCCAAGUCACUCCAUCUGAAGGUAAAGAUGUUUAAUCAUACACACACACACACGACUCACAAACACUCCAUCUGA